UAGCCAGGUCAACAAAUCCUGAACGCCCGUUACUUAGGUCAUAAAGGGCUUAGAAUCCGAAUCCGUCUCUUGGGAACAUCCUUCCGAGCUAAAUCACGGCUACCUCCCAUUGAUCUUCCCCCCUACGACCAAUCUCCGAUCUGCCCUCGUUGGUUGAACGGCGCGUUCUUCCUUUACCCCCGCAUCAUGGCUUCGGGUGACCACACAGGCUCGAGCGUCGAGCUCUAUGAAUCUGGAUUGACCGUCCGUUCAGACUCGGAGAAUUAUUCGGCCAACAAUGAGUUAUCCGAGUCGACGUCGAGUUCUCCUCUGAUCCUCUACAAACCCCCUACGAUCUGGAGUAUUUUGCGAGGCGCCGCCAUCAACCUGGUUCUUCCCUUCGUGAAUGGACUCAUGCUGGGCUUUGGUGAGCUAUUUGCACAUGAAGCAGCCUUCCGCCUAGGAUGGUCCGGCACAAAGAUCUUCCCUACCUAUCGGAGAACAGUCGGUCCUGGUGUGGAGGUUCGAGAAGUUCCGUCACGGAGGAGUAACAGCUUGUGAGACACGGCGUCUUUGGAAUAAGACAGGUGCUGGAAGCUCACUCUCAGACUCUGCGACCGCGCUCACACUCAAAAGCACAACAACAGAAACAGAAUUGUUAGCAAGAUUCUUUGGUUAUCUUUUACUACAGCAGGAAACGUAUACGUGGGGAUUACAAAUGUACAUAGAUCAUAAGGCAUGAGUAGUACUUGUACUGUCUGACUGGAUGGCGUCUGGCGAAGCACCUCGAGUUUGGCAUGAGAGCGAUGACUUAGCUGCAGCUGUACAACCUUCUGAUUUAGCGACAGCUAGUCUACCAUCAUCAUCAUCAUCGUCAUUAUCAUUAUCAUUUCAUUACUAUUUUAACCCGA